GGGGCGAUCCUGUCAGGCAGGAGCCGCCCUCCUCCUGCUGCACUUGUCAAAGGGCACUGAUCGCAAAUUACAUCCCAGUCGUGCCAACAGACGCACACACGCAAAUAACACCGGGACACCCUGUCUCCUAGAGUAUAGCUAAUAUACAGACAGGACAUUUUUUUAAACUCACUUUUUCUAAUUAGAUGCUACUAUGUUGCCUUUCAAGAGAACUUUUGAAAGCGAGAAACACCAGCUGCAGGAGCUCAACGGCAGACUUGUCCAGUAUCUUUCCAGAACCAAGCAGCUGGAGCAGGAAAAUGCGCAUCUUAUUACCGAAAUAAAUAAACUCAGACAAGCGAAGACGGCGGAAUGGGAGCCGAAGUACAUGGGUGAGAUGCGGGAUCUGAGGAGAAUGGUGGAUCAGCUGUCGUUUGAAAAGUCCCAGGCGGAGAUGGAGAGGGAGAAGCUAUGGCGGGAGUUGCAGAUGGUCCAGUCUCUGUGCAGCGAGCAGACGGGGGUGUGCAGGGACAUCAGUGGUGAGCUAAAGAGCUACGAGAAGGAGCUUCACCACGCUCACAAGACCAACGGUGAACUCCAGCAGCGUUUAUUUCAACUAGAGAACGAGUGUAAACGCUUAGAUGAUGCGCACAGACGAGAAAAAGAACAUCUCCGGCGCCAGGUGGAGUCCCGGAUGGUACCCAUCAUCACGCAAACUUAUCGCGGGCCUCCGGCGGCCACCAUGGAAGAGGUGCAAGAGUAUGCCCGCGGUCUGUCCGAAGGAUGGAUUGAGACCUUUGAAAUGCACCAGCUGAAGGUGGAAGAGAUGGAGCAGUCGAUUAAAGCGGACCAGGCGAGGUUGAGUGAUCUGCAGAGGGAGAAGAUGAUGUAUGCCUCAGAGUUGGACAAAUUACGCGCAGACGCGGAAAAACAAGGCCAGAUUCAAUUCCGCCUUGAAGAACAACUGAUGCAGAUGCAGGAGACAUAUCGGGUGGAAUUCAGUGAAUAUCAGAUGAUUAUUCAGAAGCUGGAGCACGAUAGGAAUAUGAUGGCUGAUGCUAUUGCAGAUAAGAUACGAGAGCAUCAGCACCUUCUCCAGGUUAAGAUGAAUCUGGGCAAUGAGGUUGCUGCAUACAGGGCUCUCCUGGAAGGUGAGAGAGUGGAUCUGCAAGAUGCUCGUAGGAGGGGAACUCAACAUCAAAGAGAAAGAAUAAUAGAUAUAAGGUUGCCUGCCCAGCCCUACACUCCAAGAGCUUCCACCCUAACCACCAGAAAACAUAUGGAUAUCAGGUACACGCCGCUGACUUCAAACCUGAGAAGAUCCCCUGUGCCUCCCUCUGGGUCCAUAAGUCCCUCUAGGAUCAUUCCUAUUUCAGUUGCAGGCAGAGCUCGGCAUCAGAGUCCUGCAUCCAGAAGGGACAUGAUCUCAUUCUCCAAAGCUCAGGCUGCCACCUCUGCCCCUGCUACCACCACCAGCACCACCACCACCGCCGCUGCCACUGCCAAAGCUAAACAAACAGGCCAGAAUGAAUACCAAAUAAGACAACAUGUACAGAAAACAGCAGCAGAGGAGACAACUGUGAAAAGCAAACCGGUCUCUCAGGUAGAGAACCAAGUCAGUCCCAUCGAGUCCUCCAUUACGGAGACUGGAUUGGUGAGAGUGGUGUCACCACCAAUGAUGAGCCUGAGCAGGAAAACUGAGACCGAAAGCAAAAAGCAAGUGUCAGAUGAAAAAGAGAAUGAUAAUGUUUAUGGAGAGGAGUUCAAAGAAAAAGAGAAAACAGAGCACGCAUUGGCCCCAUGUGAGAAUAAGAUGUUAGACUCAGUGUCUGUAGAGGAUAUCAUCGAGAAAGUGAUGAGACCAGCAGGUUUGGGAGCUAAGGUUUGCUCCUCGGGAGAAUCGAAGAUAAGGUAUCAUGUGGAGAAAACUGAGCAGGAGGAUGGAACGACUAAGACACAGAUUGUGUUGGAGUCCAAAGUGGAGGAAGAGCUGGAUUUUUCGGAGGACUCUGCACUGGAUGAACUACUGAGUCAAGGGGUUAAAAAGGUGUCACUGCAAGACAUCGAGGACACAGCAACAGGAAGCAUGAUCAAGACCCUGCUAAGUGGCCUGCAGGGAAGCGAGAACUUUGAAAAUAAGUCUGUCAAUGUGGAAAUCAUUGAGGAACCGGUGGAGUCUUACAGUGAUGGGGAACUUGAGGUUGAGCAGAAGUCCAGAUCUAGUUUUUAUGAGCCCUCCUCAACUUAUUUCCAAAUUGAGGAGCUAGAAAAUGUCCCUGAUGGCGCUCAAGUUCAGAAGAGUGACGGUGAUGCCUCCAUGACAGAUACAGAUUAUCGCAAGGGUGGAUCUGUACGAGUUCAAGAGGUUUCGAGAGAGAGUGAAUCUUCAUAUUUCUCCCAUGACCAAGAGCCUGAUGAGUAUUUUGUCUCCACUCCAGAUGAUAAUCUUUCUGAACCCGAGGAGGGUGGUGGCAUCACCUCAUAUGGCCAUUAUGGUAUCGUAGAUGACCUGUCAGAUGAGCGGUAUUAUCAAGAUGAAGGUCUUCUCUCGAAAAGAGUGAUUGUAGAGGAAAGCGACGAAUACAAGUUUAUGUCAGGGGAUCACUCAUUUGUAAAGGAGAGUUUCCCAGAGUGCAUCAUUGAAGAAGAGGUUCGCGUCUCCCCUAUAGUGCAGGAGUCAAUGCUCGAGUUCCUGAGAGAGGACUCUUUGGAGCCCAAAGAGCAGCUGAAGGGAGCUCUAGAGAAGCUACAAAGCUCAGUGUCGGGUCCACUGAGGGAGGAGUUGGCUUUCCUCACAAAAAUGGGUAGUGAAGGUUCACAGAAUAUGGCUGUCAAUGUCAAAAAAAUGCAACAUACAAGUGACAACGGCACCAUGACUAUAGUUGCAGAGAUGAACGUCUCUCAAAGUCUGGAAGACUCUGGGCUGCUGGAGGCAGGAGAUGAACUAUCAGAAGCGCAGAUCAUGGCAUCUCUCAGAUCAUCUAACCUAGGGCUGGAGAAAGCCUUCCAGGGUGGGGCAGGAGGGGGAUACAGCUUCAGAGUCACCAAAGAAGAGGAUACUGCGUAUGGUGAAGAGUUUGAAGGCCUCACUGACGAAGGAGUGUUUGAAAUCACAGAGAAAGACGUAAAACUGGGGCCAUCAGAAAAGUCCGUCACCUUCCAGAUGGACGUACAGGGCAGCCAUGCUGAGGCCUCAGAGCAAGAGCUUCAAUCUCACAGCUUGGAAGAUCCGGUGCAGAUUUCUCAAGAGAAAAGAGUUGCAACAGUUUACCUUGAAAGCCCGACAGAUUAAGAAAGAAUUCGGUCAGAAAUAUUUUAAACGGAGUGCUUGCUUACUUGUUGAUGUGCACAUAACAGAGGUUGUUCUGACACAGCAGUCCACACACACAGCAUUAACGCUGUUUGACAAUGUAAUAAUGCUAAAAGCUUUGCAGUAAAACAUCAUAUAUGUAAUUGAUUUUGGUGCUCUCUUUUACUGUACCUACUUAAGAGUGUGUCACCUAAAACGUGGUGUACCUUGCAUGAUUCAAAAUUGCAAAAUUCAGUUAUUUAGUUAAAAUUACCAGAUUAAACACAUAUUUGAAUGUAUUAAUUGUGGCAGUUCUACUAUUAGAAAUACUGAGGGCUAACUUAAUAUGGGCUAGUUUAAGUUUAGGAUUGUAACAUCUACAUAUUGAAGCAAAUUUCCAUGCUGGUGAAAACUGAUGGAGUGCUGCUCUGUAUGUGUUUUACCUUUUUACAGCUUGCAGUUAAUCUUUAAAGAGGUUUGUUUAUUCCCUCUAGAUUUCUCUAACCUGUGGUGUUCAUCUUAAACAGCCCAUUCUGCAGUUCACAACACCCCAUCACAUCAUGUGUCUGCCAUGUUGUUGAAUAUAUUGCAACAUAUGACAGUUAAGAGUUAUGAGGUGCUGUGAACUGUUUGCAGAUUGGGGAUUUCAUUUUUCCUUUGACUUGGGCACUGCUGCCAAAUGGAAUCGUUUUAAUACAUACUGCAUUGUGGAACACAGGAGUUUAUUUAAAGCAGUAGUCAGUGAUGUGUACAGAAUAUAUAGUGGGAAUAUAUAGUGGGAGUGGAAAAAAAGAAGGUUAUUGGUCUUAAGAAACUUUGCAAGUUUUGAAUGCUAAAAUCAAAGUGUAGUGCAAGUAAAUGUAGCACUUAAAAGUGGUUAAGUAAUUUACAAAACCCAUUUUGAUUAAUUAGAAAAAAAAAUUGCCUAGUAUACAACCAAAGCCAGGUUACAUGGUCAAUGUAAUGUUUGUAAAAUGUGUAUCUUUACCAUACAUUUCUAACUUCCUAACAGCGAACAUUAUAAUCUGAACAUGCGAGUAAGAAGAUGGUAAAUUAUAGCACUUAGAACACCAAAAAGGGGUUGUUGAUUUGAAAAGCAAACAGUAAGAUGAAAGAAUGAAAACAAGGAGAAUUUUAAUGAAUUAAAAAGGAUUCAGUGAUAGUGUUGCUAAAGAAAAUAUAAUCACAUCUAGUUUUGAUGUACAGUAUGUCUUGUCUGGAUAAUUGUUGCUUGUAGACAUUUGUUGGUUAUCACAGUGUUGGCUUGAAGGAUUCACCUUUGCUCUCAAACAUGAGUGUGUCCAUGACCGUGACUAUUUUUGGAUCAUCAGCUUAGUGGCACUGACUGUUCAUUAGGCUUUUGUUGUGUUGUGUACAUGUUGCAGAGGCCGAAAUAGUCCAUGAUUACAGUCUGGUUACAUGUCUUACACAUUUUAUCUAAGUGGUUGCAAAAUGUACACUAUGUAACUAUUAAGUAAUGUCUUCACAGAUUGGCUCCUUGGCAUUAUCGUGUUAAAGAAAUAUUUAGAAAUGCAAUAUUUAGCGUGAAUGCCAUGCUUUUAUAAAUACGUUCAUUCUUGAAAAUCUACUAAAUGAAAACUCAAUUAAAAAUUAUUGUUGCUUUUAAGUGCCCAGAUACAGCAUAUUUUCAUACAUUCUUAUCUGCAAACUGCAGCAAAACUAUUACAUCAGUGCAUUAAAAUGUAUCUUAAUAAGGAAUAUUUGUUAGGUUACUGUAUAUGUAUGUACACAGUGUAAUCUGGAUACCAUGUGCCAUUUCAUAGCAUAAAAACAAAUGUGUACAUCAGCAUACAAAAAUAUACUGAUGUAAAAAGAAUGUUUUAUGAGUCAAAUGUUCAAUAAGUGUUGAUAAGAUAGUCCAACACCAUUGUUUUUAUUGACAUAAUGAUUUAUAUUGAACAAAUGGCAUUAUUGCUUUGGUAAAAAAAAGUUCCAGCCCUUAUUUGGAAACUGAUUCAUAUCUUAACACAAUUAAAACCUAUUGUUGGUA